AUGUAUACCAAUAAAAGAGGAACCGAGUUGAUGAGGUCUGGCCAGUUUGGCAUGAAUUAUGAUGAGCCUAUCACUUCCAUCGAACGAAAGGCUCAGGGAAGGAGAAAGCUCGCCAUGAGAAUCUUUGAUAGAGAAUUGGCAAUUGCACGCCCAUCACAGCAGAGGUUGAAUCGAAAGCUAAUAGCUCAGGGAAUGAUACCAUCUUCAAACGCCGACAUGAUAAUACACUUUGAUCAGCCCGUGUAUUCCGGACAAUUUUCUCAGGACGGAAACUUUUUCUUCACGGCCAACAAAGAUUUCAAGGUGAGCAUGUACGAUACAUCUAAUCCAUACGACUGGAAACAUUAUAAGACUGUUUCAUAUCCGUUUGGAAGAUGGACACUUACCGAUGCUUCUUUGAGUCCAGACAACCAAUUUUUAGCAUACACCUCGAUACAGAGCAACGUCUGCCUCGCAUCUACUAGUCCCAAUGACCUAGACAAUCCACAUAUCUUGGAUUUUUCUGGCCAGCAGAAUGGAUCUCCAGAUAGAUCGAGGCACAAUUUCGGGAUCUGGUCUAUACGCUUUUCUGGGAAUGGCCGGCAACUCGUUGCCGGUGCGACAAGUGGUCUCAUGGUAGUCUAUGAUAUUGAGUCGCGUACGCCACUACAUUCCAUACAUGGCCAUACUGAAGACGUAAAUGCUGUGAGCUUUGCAGAUAAUUCUUCCAACAUCAUAUAUACGGGCUCAGAUGAUUGGGCCCUCAAGAUUUGGGAUGUGAGAUCCUUGGGCGAUAGUCGUGCAGCUGGGGUCUUGAUCGGUCACCUUGAAGGGCUCACGUACGUUGAAAGUAAGGGGGAUGGACGUUACAUCUUAAGUAAUGCCAAAGAUCAGAGCGCAAAACUUUGGGAUGUUCGAAAUGCCACGUCUCCGCAGGCUUUCGACCGAAUCCGGAACCUCCGUCCGCCCAGCCAAUUUGAUUAUCGGUUUGACUUGGGAUAUGACUACAGCAAGCAUCUGAGUAACAUACCAAAUCACUCACUCGUAACGUUUCGUGGACAUAGGGUCUUCAAAACGCUUAUUCGUUGUCACUUUUCACCACCUGCUAGUACCAACUCGAGAUACAUUUAUACCGGCAGCGCAGACGGGAAGGUAUACAUCUGGAACCUGGACGCAUCUCUCGUCCGGGUUUUAGAUAUCUACAAAUCAACCUACAAUACACGACCACCUGGCCAAAAUUCCGAUGCUGGGAGAAUGUACGGUCCUUGGAGGACAUGUGUUCGGGACGUGUCUUGGCAUCCAACCGCCCCCGUUAUAGUGGCCUCGGCAUGGAACGGGCAUGGCUACUCUAAUGGGACGUGCACAAUGCACUGCUGGAACGAAGAUGCUGAAACGGACAUUAUUGAGCCAAGGGCGGAGCCUAGCGUACAGCAGGUGCUUAAUGGUCGCGCAUGA